CUAAACAUAGGUAGCAUGUUUAUUGAAUCGGUUGAUGCAUCGAGUCGUGCCACAACCGGGGACAGCAUGUAUAGGUUGCUUGAUGAGUAUGUGGAGCGAAUCGGAGAAGCUAAUGUGGUCCAAGUUGUCACGGAUAGUGCUGCAUACAAUAAGAUGUCAAGGAAGUUGUUAAUGGCAAAAAGACCACAUUUGUAUUGGACUCCAUGUGCUGCCCAUUGUUUGGAUUUAAUGUUAGAAGACAUUUUCAAGUUGCCAUAUUUGAAGAGGACAUGGGAAAGGGCGAUCAAGGUACACGGUUAUAUCUAUAACCGUCCGACAUUGUUGAACAUGAUGAGACACUUUACCCAAAGAAAAGAAUUGAUUAAGCCAGCAAAGACUCGUUUUGCAACAGCUUGUUUGACUUUACAAAGGGUUCAUCAACAAAAGAAUAACCUAAGAAAGAUGUUCACAUCAGAGGCUUGGAGUAAGAGCAAGUGGGCAAAGGAGGCGGAUGGUAAAAAGGUAACAGAAAUAAUAUUGUCGCCGUCAUUUUGGAACAAUGUCUUGUUGGUCCUAAGAUUUGCAUGUCCUCUUGUUAAAGUACUUUGUUUGGUUGAUGGUGAAGAAAAACCCGCAAUGAGAUACAUCUAUGAGGCCAAGGAUAGGGCCAAAGAAACUAUUAUAAACACGUUUGGCGGAGAUGAAGACAAGUAUAAAACUGUGUUUUUGAAAUCAUUGAUGCGAGGUGGGAAGUGCAAUUGCAUCAACCUUUGCAUGCAGCAGGCUACUAUUUGAACCCUGCAUUUUUUU